CGGCAUUUCAACAAACGUGAAUUAAACGUCAAAAUUUUGUAAAAUCAACAGUUUAAACCAUGAACGACGAUAUCAACUUUACCAAUCUGUGUAUUAACGAAUCAGAUAAAAGAUUCAAUUCGAUAAUAGGGCAUAUAGAAGAUAUGCUGAUGGAAGAUGAGUUUUUGCGACUUCACGAUGAGUUUAUGGAAAAAUAUUGGCAAGAAUUUGAUGAUACAGAGGAAAAUAAGUUUGUGUACACCGAUAUAUUCAAAGAGUAUCAAAAUACUAUCGAGAAAUACAUUGAAAGGGGGUUAAAUAACAAGUUGGAAGGGUUCUGUAUGAAGGAAUUCGAGGAUGAAAUGAAAAGUCGACAAAAUGAAUUUGAUGGGGAGAUCUUUGAUUUGUUAUCGUCUUUUUCGGAUUUUCUUGAAUUUAAGCAAAAAUUUUUGGAUUAUAAAGCUGUGAAAGAAGGGCAAAUUAUCGAUUUUUCCAAUUACUUUUAUAUCUCAAAAUACGUAGGAAAUGAUAACUGAUUUUGAUGUUUAAAUCAGUACUUAAUAAAAAUU